AUGAUACAAGUGCUCGAGUUUUUCAACUCAGCCACAGUCGAACAUAUAACAGAAUCCCUCAAAUGCUUGCCAGAAGCAUCCUCAAUGAUUGUUUCUUUGCGUCCAUUUCAUUCUGGCGACCAUUUGCGUGAAGUUUGCUCUACUGGAUGCAAAGCACAACGCAAGCUGUAUCGACUGGUAGAUCGCUACGAACAUCUUUUGGAAGGGUUUAAAGAAGUCGACUCGUUAAUUAAACGAUGCGAGACUGUUGGAAACGAUAUCAAACAGAUUAUGACCAGGUGGAUCCAAAAUGCAGCAGCUAUCAGCUCUUCACAGAAUGAUGGAACUUUCUUAGAAACUACCGCUUUCAAAUGCUUGACCAAACAACCCAAAAUUAUUCCUUCUACAUUGCAGCUAAAGCAGUACCAAAUUGUCGGUGUGAGUUGGUUAAUGAUGCUGUAUCAGAAGCAACUGGGAGGAAUUUUGGCAGAUGAAAUGGGAUUGGGUAAAACUGCUCAAGUGAUUGCAUUUUUGGCGCAUUUGUACACUUUGGGUGAACGAGGCCCGCAUCUGAUAGUCGUUCCUGCGUCUACACUUGAAAACUGGGUGCGUGAAUUGAAUCGAUGGUGUCCAAAACUAUGUGUAGCGUCGUAUUCUGGAUCUCUGUCUGAUCGUCGAUGGCUGCAAGAAGACAUUACAAAUAAUUCCAAACUCAAUGUGAUUGUCACAACAUACAGUAUGGCAACUGGAUCCAAAGAAGACCGUACAUUUUUACGCAGAAUCCGAAUCAAGUCGCUCAUUCUGGAUGAAGGACACAUGGUUAAAAAUAUUGAAAGUAACAGAUAUAAGCAUUUGAUGGCAAUUUCAGCACCAUUUCGUUUGCUCCUUACUGGAACACCACUUCAAAACAAUUUGCUUGAACUAUUGGCUUUACUGACAUUUGUUAUGCCACGAUUGUUUGUUACUGACCAAAAAACGCUUGAACGCAUCUUUUUAUUCAAAUCCUUGGGCGGUGGGGACGAGUCCUCUCUUAGCCAUGAGCGUAUUAACCGAGCCAAGAAAAUCAUGACACCAUUUGUUCUUCGUAGGCGAAAAGACCAAGUUUUACGUGAUUUACCACCAAAAACAAAAGUACUGAACGUGUGCACUCCAGUUUCAUCGCAAUUGCAGCUGUAUAAAGAUAUUCUUUUGUGCUCUAAAAAAGCUAUUGCAGCUUCUGAAAAAACUAUCGUGCCACAUACGACCAAACUGACUACUGACUCGGAUAAAGCAGAGAAACCCCUUAAAUCAGAGACUUCCGAUCAAACAGCAUCAUUGGCCAAUCGUCAGUUAUCGAACGUGUUGAUGGAUUUACGCAAAGUUGCCAAUCAUCCUUUGCUUGUACGAAGUCGAUAUACAGAUGCAAAGCUUCGUAUUAUGGCCAAAGCAAUUAUGCGCGAGCCAGAACAUUGUGAUAAAAAUGUCGAGUAUAUCUGGGAGGAUAUGUGUAUUAUGUCUGAUUUUGAAAUCCAUCAGUUAUGUCUCAAGUAUAAAACAUUAAUGCCACACAAAUUAUCAGACAAGGUCAUCAUGGAUUCGUGUAAACUUGUUAAACUUAAAUCAAUGUUGCUGGAGAUGCGAGCACAAGGUGACAAAAUACUUGUGUUUAGUCAAUUUGUAAUCAUGUUGGAUAUUCUUGAACCAGUCAUGGAGCAUCUGGGAAUCAAGUAUCUUCGAUUGGAUGGAACUACACCUGUCGGAAUUCGACAAAGCAUGAUGGAUGAAUUCAACAAUGAUCCAGAGAUUACCGUGUUUCUUCUUACGACAAAAUCCGGCGGUGUUGGUAUUAAUUUAACAAGUGCGAAUGUAGUCAUCAUGUAUGAUAUCGACUAUAAUCCACAUAACGACGCUCAAGCUGAAGAUCGAGCUCAUCGUGUAGGACAAACACGGGCUGUCACUGUGCAUCGAUUGAUUAUGGACAAUUCUAUCGAGCAGCAUAUUUUGCGACUGGCAGAACAUAAACUUGAAUUGGAUGCCAAACUACAAUCGCGUGAGUAUGUUUGUACCAAUGAUGACAACAAGGAUGAAGAAAGUGAGUUUGAAACCAAGAGAAAACACAAGGGUCAAAAACUUGCUUCUGGAAAAGUCAAGGAUAACAAAGUGGAUCAAAUCAGUAAACCCGAUUCAAGUAUCCUCGACGUGCUUCAAAGCGUGAUACUUGGAUUGGAGUAGACCGCUGUAGAUUGAUGUGGUGAUGGUCGGAGCCUAUAUCAACCAUUCAGCGACUAAUAUGCAUUUUGUUUUAAUGCACAUUUUGAUAUACUGUCUCAUUAUAAUGUGUUUACUUCACUGCUGUAUUCACGCAAAACGAAACACUAAAAAGAGAGUCGAUAUAAUAAACAAUCAGUCUUGUG